AUGGCUGUUAUAUACUAUAAGUUCAGGUCGCAACGUGAUGACUUAAUUUCGACGAUCAAGUUUGAUGGAACAGGGCUUACGGUGUUUGAGCUUAAACGAGAAAUUAUUUAUGCUAAUAAGCUGAUCAAUUCCACAGACACGGAUAUUUUAUUAUAUCAUGUUGAAGAUCCAGAUAAAGAGUAUGAAGAUGAUAAUGAAGUAAUACAACGAGCAUCAACAGUGCUAGUAAGAAGAACGUCAGGUGGCAAGAGAGGAAGAGGAAACAUUUUGCGAUAUUUAGCAGGGAAACCAAGGAUUGCGAAAUCUCAAGUUCCCAUUGCAGCCUCAUCACCAGCACCAGCAUCUGUGGUUCCUGCUAAUGAAGAUGACAGAAUUAGACAGAUGUUCAAUCAACAGGAUGAUCAGUGGAAUCAACAACAGGCCCUCAUGGCCUCUGCGCAAAGGGUGGAAAGUAACAGGCAAAAUUUGAAACUUGAUGAAAACAUUCCUGAAUAUUACAUUUGUUACAAAUGCGGUGAGAAAGGAAAACAUCAUAUUAGAAACUGCCCAAAGAAUAAUGAUCCUAACUGGGAUGGAAUCAGGAUAAAGAAAACGACUGGAAUACCUAAGUCCUAUUUGCGGACUGUUGAUAACCCGACUGAUAUCGUCAACGAACCUAAUCAGAAUUUCAUGGUGAACGAAGAAGGAAAAUACGUGGUCGCAGUUGCUGAUAAGAAAGCAUGGCAAAGAUAUCAAACCAUUCAGCAAUCAAGGCAAGCUGAAGAUGAUCUCCAGAUUGAAGAUCCUGAGCUGAGAGAUUCUCAUUCAGGUAAGCUUUGGAAAAGUCCUGUAAGAACCAAGUGCUGCAAACAACUGUACUCAAGACCCUAUAUUGAAGAUAUACUCAUGGAGUCAGAUUUCAAGUGUCCGCACUGUGGUCAAGAGGAAAUAUAUCUUGAUUCUCUUGAACCUGACGAGGAAUUACAGCGAAAAGUAGACAAUUACGUGAAACAGCUUAAGAGAAAAAAUUACGCGGAAGAAGAGCCAAACAAACGGCAGCACCUGGCUACAAUGAUACCUACGAUGAUGCCAUUCAUGCCGUUUCCUGCCCCCAUGUCUUUAUCAACUAAUAACAAGAAGUAA